AACAAAAACAAAAAAAAAGCCGAGGUGGAGCGAGCUCUCCGGAACAUCCGGGCUGUCGCUCCUCAACAUAAACAGCAAUGGCGGAGGCAGCAGCAGCGUCUAUGGCGGCUUCACCAAUACCAGUAGGUUGGACUAAAAACGUAACCUGCAGGUAUUUCAUGCAUGGUCUAUGCAAAGAAGGGGACAACUGUCGAUAUUCCCACGAUCUGACCAGCAGUAAACCUGCAGCCAUGAUUUGCAAGUUCUUUCAGAAGGGGAGCUGUGUGUUUGGGGAUCGUUGCAGAUUUGACCACUGUAAACCAGCAAAGGACGAGGAGUUUCCAACCCCACAGACGCUGCCGCUGCCCUCUGCCUCCCUGGCCAGCUCAUCAAACCUGGAACCCAGUGGGUUAACGCCUGGUUCAGAGGCACAAGACUGGGUCAACGCUGCCGAGUUUGUUCCUGGACAGCCGUAUUGUGGACGGGCUGAGCCAGCGGACCCUGAGAGCAGUGCCCCCCUCUUGGAGACCUCGGACAGUAAGGCAUCGCAGGACGACAAAGAACUAAAGAAGCAGCUCUGUCCAUACGCAGCCGUUGGAGAGUGCCGCUACGGAAUCAACUGUGCCUAUCUCCAUGGCGACGUGUGUGACAUGUGCGGCCUCCAGGUGCUCCACCCUACUGACAACGCCCAGCGUUCCGCACACACUAAGGCAUGCAUCGAGGCCCAUGAGAAGGACAUGGAGAUUUCAUUUGCCAUCCAACGCAGCAAAGACAUGAUGUGUGGUGUGUGUAUGGAAGUGGUGUUUGAGAAGGCCAACCCGAGCGAGCGCCGCUUCGGCAUCCUCUCCAACUGCAGCCACUGCUACUGUCUUAAGUGCAUUCGUAAAUGGAGGAGUGCCAAGCAGUUUGAGAGCAAAAUAAUCAAGUCUUGCCCGGAGUGUCGAAUCACAUCCAACUUUGUCAUCCCAAGCGAGUACUGGGUGGAGGACAAGGAGGACAAGCAGAAACUCAUCCAGAAAUACAAGGAUGGCAUGGGGACUAAACCGUGUCGAUACUUUGAUGAAGGUCGUGGAACCUGUCCUUUCGGCUCAAAUUGCUUUUAUAAGCAUGCCUUUCCAGAUGGACGGCUGGAGGAAGCGCAACCCCAGCGAAGACAGACCGGAUCCAACAGCAGAAAUCGGAACUCUAGACGAACGCCGCUGUGGGACAUCUUCGAUGAGCGGGAAAGCACGGGCUCUUUCGACAACGAGGAUGAGGAGAUGGUGACGUUUGAGCUGAGCGAAAUGCUGCUCAUGCUUCUUGCCGCAGGAACGGACGACGACGUGACGGAUUCAGAAGAUGAAUGGGACUUGUUUCACGAGGAGCUGGACGAUUUCUAUGAGAUUUACCUAUAGCAGCGCCGCCCACAAGCCUCCCCUUUCCCUCUUGUGUAUACUAGACUCUAGAAUGGACUGUCUUGUGCGAGUGAUGCACGGUAGCUCCCCCCCCCCCCCUCUGUAUUGUGGCAGUGCUUUGAAGCAGGCCAUAAAUAAAUGAACUUUUAAAAGAAAAAAAAAAGUCCAGGUGCGCUCGUGCUAAACAUUUUCUAGACCGCUAUCCUUGUGGGUCUAUCUUGUGCAAUUCAAAGUCAAUAUAAGAUCUAACAAAUUAUAACUUUCUUCAAAUAUUGCUAAUAAACAUUGUCAAGUUUCUUUGUGGGUGUGGGUUUGACUUGUUAAUCUUCUACCCAGGUGUUGAUAUGUACUUCUGAGGAUGCACUCUUACUUAGUUGGCACUUUACUGUAAUUGUGAUAGGCAUGAUAUACAAGUGCUUUUUUCCCUUUAUUACAGUUACUCAUUGCCAAUAUACUGUGCUGAUGUUAAAUAGAUCACCAUAAUCCUAUUCAUGUUGUACUGAAAAGUAUUUACCGUGCCUCCCCCCCCCCCCCCCUCCUUUUCAUGGUUCUAAAAUCAGUCAUCAGUUUGUUGAAAAGACACAUUGGAACUCAUUUCAGCAACUAAAUGUAAUUUUCUUGGUGAAAAACACUAAAAUGACUUAAGCACACUAAUUUCAUUCCACAAAUGUUUGUUUUCAAUCCUGCCGCUUGUGGUUGGAGUCAAUACCCCCCCCAAAGUGUGCUCCCCUAUCUGCAGACCCAUUUUGCAGUAAUGCAUACCAUGAGUGUCUGUUACAUGGAAGGCAGACGAGGACCCCGAUCCGUUAUAUAAGAAGUCCUGGAACUGGGCAAGACCUGGUAAGACCUGAGUGGCCCUCAGCUUCCUCUUCUUCCUCUCUCUUUAUCCUCAGAGUCAACCAAGCUUUAGGCCUUUAGAGUGAAACCUGUUUUGCUGUUUCUGUAAUCUGGGUCCACACAGCUGUCAAAUAGAAGAAAAUUAAAAAAAAAAAAAAUGAAAUUCAGCUAAGUAUCUAGAAAUACCUGCGGUAUCAAGUCCUUCCUUGGAACCAGGCUAAGAGUCGGCUCUUAACUCUUUCAGCAGUGUGGAGAAUCUGAGCCGAGAGACUUUUCUCAGUGUGAACUGCAAGUUCUCUGCUGCCGAAAGUUUCUUUUACUGACUCCUAGUAGCUAGUUUCAACCUGUUCAACUCCAUGUGAAUGCAUAUGUUUAUACUGAAAUGUGUGUGUUUCUAUGUUCCACAACCAUCCAUCUUAACUUGAAAUUAAAGUUUAUUAUCAAUCCACUGGGGUUUAGUCAAAAUA